GGAUGUUGCCAAGUAAUACUGAGUCGCCUGUUGAGAACAAAGUCAGAAGCAGUGGAAGCUGCUGGUGGACGAUGAUGAACACGUUCCUGAGGAUUUAAGUGCGUUUCACGAUAUAGGCUGUAAAACAAGGUGAAGCCCGACACAUGUGUUCUUGCUGUGCCUUAUCACAUCGUGGACCAUGAUGGAUCAAAGAAGAGCCUUGAGUAUUCCAUUUAGUGUUGACAAGGAUAACUUGAUGGAAAGCCCACUAAAAAUAUCCACGAUCUGUCUUUCAUCAGAGUGUGGGAAGUUAGACAGACAGGUUUCCUGGACAGCAUUUGCAGGUAGUAAACUCAGACAUCGUGAUUCAGAGCAUAAAAAUGGAUCCACACUGCUGGAUCACAACCAUGAAACUAUGGUGACUCAACAAAUGGCCACGAGGAAACCCUGUCUCGUCCUGACAGAUGUCCUCAAGACAGAUGUUGGCAAGACUUACAUGGAAAAAAUAAAACUGAGUUAUACCCCAGGAAACAGAGGACAAAUGUCAAGUACGUUGAAGGGGAGAGAUCGGUGUAAAGAGGAUCCUGGGGUCUGCAGAGAACUGAGGUCCAAUCAUGGAGAGGAAAAGAGAAACUGUGUAUCGUCUAAACACAGCCAGACGUCCUCCUCACCCUCUCAAAGGUCAGGACUCAGGAGAAGGUCACAGAAUAUUGAUUCUGAAGAGGACAAAGAAGAAAACAAAGAUAUCGAGGAGGAGAUAAUAGGCAAGAGCAACGGAGAAAGCUACACAUUUGCUGAAGUCGUAGAUUGUGGGUUGUCGGUGAGCUGGGAGCCUGCAGAGAGUACAAGAUGUGAUGAGUUUUCGCCAAAUAUCAUCAAGGAGAAGUGGACUGAUCCGGAUAAAGAAGUUCUGAAGAGAAAAAGAAACAUUUCAGGGCCCCUGCGCUAUGGAACAGUGAGCCCCAAAAGGCACCGCAAGAGCGUUCUUCGUCUGAAUGGAGAAGAUGGAAGAGACGGAGCACCAGGCCCAGCUGAUGUUGGUGUGGAAGAGAGUGAAGAAGAUGGAGAUCCUGAGAACGCGGACCGUACCAUUGUACAGUUCACUGUGGGAGGGGAUGAUGGAAGAGAAGUUCUGUUCCCGAUCAUUGCCCCUAAUUUGGAGGCCGGGGACAUGAUCGACACCCAAAGACAUCGAGAUUCCAGCCAAGACCGCACAACCAAGACAAGCAGCCCUACUGACCCAAUUGUGCUGUCCAGUGAUGAUGAGGAGAGCGGUGACGUUCCGCCGCACUGCAGCCCACCGAUCCACACAGUUAUACAGGAACAUCUGCUUCAGGAGGCUGUGAUCAGACAAGAUGAUUGUGACUUACAGGACCUGCAGGUGCUGCGUGUAGUUGUAGAAGAGCGUCCUGUUACGGUGGCACUUUCUCCCACCCCCAGCAUCGACCACACCUGCAUGAGCAUAUCCUUCUCCACCCUCCACUGUGGAGUUUACCAAGCGAAAGCAAAUGGCAACAUCAUGAUGGCAGACCGUACAAUCAUCAUCCCUCUGAAAGACUCUACUGAACAGGUGGAGCUGAUGUUAACGUUAGACCGCAAAGUUCUGAGGAGGUACAGUGUCUGGGAGGAGCAGGAAAUGGAAAUGCGUGCGAUUAACUUUGACAGUGAUGAGGAUCCUUCCCCUGCUGCUGUCCUCGUGUUUUGUGUGUCAGAAACUGCUGCAGCUGAAAUACAGCGUGACCUCAGGAAACUGUGUGUUGAACAAGAUGGAAACACAGACACUGGCACAGCCAGCCCCUUUAUUCUGCUGACGCUGAGAGAUCCUCUAGAAGGAAUGGAGGGCGCUUUAUUACGCUCCCUCCUGGACAUCGACUGUCUGAACAGUCUGACACAUGAACAAUCUCUUGGGUCCCUGGGCUCGGAUAGAUUCAGCGGUUGGGAAGAUGUCCAGACUCCUGUUCUGUGUCUUGAUGAAAGCAUUGAACUGAUCAGAAAAACUGGACUUGACUCACACCUGCUGUGUCUGCUGGGCCUCGGGAGCCCCGUCCCUGAACUUAACGCAGACGGUUCACACUCUGACAGAGAAGAAAACAACACGCCGCAGAACUGUCCGGAGGAUGAGGCGCAAAAAGAGACGCUCCCGGAGCUGGAGACGACAUCAGAGGAGGACACAGGGACAGAAGUCAAACCUGAGGAGGAUCAGAAAGAAGAAGUGGAACAUCCCUCUGAGAAGAAGAAGGAGGGACCCACCCCCGUAUACACACUGUGCCAUCGUCGAACCAAAGGAUCGUACUCCGUUUCCCACUGUAAACCAGACUCCAGCUGGAUUAAAUAUAAACACCAGGGUCUCGCCCACAGGUUGAUCCAGUUUCCUCCUCCUCCACUAAAAGGAGGAAUAACUGUUACGAUGGAAGACCUGCAGUGCUUGGACAGCGGGCAGUUCCUUAACGAUGUAAUCAUUGAUUUUUACCUCAAAUACCUCCUCCACAAUGCAUCUGCUGCUGUGGCCGAGCGCUCUCACAUCUUCAGCAGCUUCUUCUACAAGCAGCUGACGCGGAGGGACAACGCCAGCGAAGGCGCCACCAGUGACUCCUGUCAGAGGCAGAGGCGGCACCAGCGGGUGAAGACAUGGACACGUCAUGUGGACAUCUUCAAAAAAGAUUUCCUGUUUGUCCCUGUCAAUCAGGAGGCUCAUUGGUAUUUAGUCGUCAUUUGCUUUCAUGGGCUGAAUGAGCCUAAAUUCGAGGCCUGGCUUGGUCCAGACUCGGAGACGGCGGAAAGCCUUGACGAUACAGAAAAGUUGCAGGAUCAGGAGGAGGCUCAGAGAUCGAAAAGUCCAAACGAAAACACCGAAACACCACCUCAAGAAAACCCCAGUGACAACGCGGCACCAGAGACAGAAAACACUAAAGAGCAACCCACCAAGGACACACCACCUGGUCCAGUGUGCUGCACAGAAAAAACCUUCCAGAAAAGGGUCGUUUGCAAGAGGCCGUGCAUCCUCAUCAUGGAUUCCCUCAAACUCUCUCUUCACGAGCGAGUCUUCAAACUCUUACGGGAGUACUUGCAGUCAGAGUGGGAGGUCCGUCGUGGAUCAUCAAGGGAAUUUGGUCCUGAUCAGAUGAAAGGUUCACACUGUCAAGUUCCCCGUCAAGACAACAGCAGCGACUGUGGCCUUUACCUGCUGCAGUACGUCGAGAGUUUCUUGAAGGACCCUGUGGUUCACUUCGAUAUCCCCCUACGCCUCGAGCGAUGGUUCCCACGGCAGCAGGUUCGGAGGAAACGAGACGAAAUCAGAGACCUGGUACUUAACCUUUACCGAUGGCAGAAUCUGGACAGUAACAGAUAGACGCAGGAGCAGGUCACAUUCCCUGUAGCUAUUAUAAAUCACUGCUCAUACUGAGCGACGGACAAUUCAGCGUGAACUGAAGAUACUACUUUGAGGUUAGAUUUAGUUGUUAGAACCAUAAACUUGAACAACCCUUGGAACCCUUCGACUGGCUCCUGUGACUGAAUAUGAAGGCACCAGUAAAUUCACAAUCACCACGUAGCUGUCCACACAACCAGAAAUACAAAGUCGAUUAUAUCCAGAAAUGCAAAUGUUUGUACACCCCGAUACCUUUUACUGAUUGUUCUUAUGCUGCAAGAUGUUUUAUAAAAGGCAUUUUUUUGUAUCUGUUUUUCUAUAUUUUGUAGUUCGUCAUCAGAAUUGUCCACAAGUUUUUAGUUGAGUUUACUUACAUUUCAUGUUAGAAUUGUUCUGAUUCUGCUCUGUUUUGCAUCCGUGCAUCUAAAACGCAGCCAUAGUGUAAAUAUAGGUUUUCGUUUUUUAGGUUUUCCCCACUGAAACCUCAGGAACUGGAAUCUGACCAAACACUCUCACAUCAUUUCCCCUUUGUUGGACUCUUUCGCUCACACGGUGCCUCACAUUGAAAUCACGUUAAGACUCAUGGUAUCAGCUGAAUUACCCUUAAACCAAGAUAUUAAUGUAUUAACACAACUGACAUAAUAUUACGAGUGUGCAGCCAAUGAUGAUUAUCACCAUCAAUUAAUCUGCCAGUGACUGUUUUCUUAAGCGAUAUUAUGAAAAUUCCAGUGAACACUAAAGCCCACGUUGAUGCCAUCAUAUUACCUGUUCAGCCCUAGAUCCAAAGGUAUUGUCGUGACUGUCUCAGAAACUGAAGGGAAGAAGAAACAAUGAGCGGAAACUGGGAAAUGUUUUGUCUUUUUUUGCCUGAAAAAAUGACUGAAACCACGAAGCAACAAUCAAAACAACUGCUCGUUAUUUUCCCAUUGAUUAAUCAACAAAAAUCUAAAAACGUGUUUGGAGAUGUUCUUGAUGCUGACGUGGAUAUGGCUUCUUUUUUUGACCAAACUUAACGAGUGCAAGUUAAUUGCUGCUAUUAAGAGAAACUAAUAAACUAGUAGCUACAGUAUUCACUGUAGAUGUUCUGUAAAUGUGUGUUAUGUUCACGCAAACUAUUUUAUUUCAUACAUCAAAUGUAUAAGUGAAUGAAUUCUUCUUUUAAUAAAAUUGCCUUUUGUUAAACACGUUGAGCGGUGCACAUACACUGGCACGUAACAGUAACUGCUUAAUUAAGAUCUGUGAUGACCAUAAAGUUUCAUUUCAACUCCACUGUUCUCCACAGAGAUGAGUUCCGGUCAUCUUGCAGUUUUCUUUUACAAAGUCCUUGAUCUGUUUUUGUAGAUCUUAUGGAUGAAUGUAUGGGAGCUGAUUCCAAAAUGUGUUUGGUUUCGAUGCUGUAUUAAAAGUUAUAGAAGAAA